GGAGGGGCUGCUGCUGGCUCCCCCCGCCCCUCCCCGCGGGCCCCGCCGCUUCCGCCUGUCCUGCGGCCGCCCGGGGAGCCAGGACUUGCCGCCUGGGCUCUACGUAGCCGGCUGCCCUUGGUGGGGCCCACACCCUGCACAUGAGGUCACGGGGCACCGGCUGGACGGGGGCCGGGUCAUCCUGCCUGUGAUCCCCAAUCCAGGGGCUCCCUGCCGCCACGGGGCUGGGAGCCGAGGUGGCCCUGGAGGCCCAGGUGCAGCCAGGGGGCUUCUGCCAGGGACUCAGCCCCCUCACCAGCCGCACCUUCUGCAAAGUCCCUCAUACAGCCCUGGACUGAGUCCAGCUGGUCCCCAUUGUACAGAUGGGGAAACUGAGGCCUGGAGAUGUGGAGUGGCUGGCCCCUGGCCACACAGGAAGAGACAAGAACAGCAGCCCAGAGAGCUUAAAUUACUGCCCCAAAUCACACAGCCAGCUGGCACUGAGCUGGGGUUCCGACCCUGGCCUGCGGGCGUCCCCACCGCAGCGCCCUGUCUGCUCCCCCACGCUCCGCCCCCUCCUUCUGCUGUGGACCCUCCUGAACUGUGGCUUCGGGGGCAGCGCUCAGGGUCCAGGUGAGUGGAGCCCCUGGGGCUCCUGGACCCGCUGCUCCAGCUCUUGUGGGCGGGCUGUCUCUGUGCGCAGCCGGCGCUGCGUCUGGUUUCCCGGGUUAGGGGCAUGCUGGGGAGACACCCACGAGUACCGCCUCUGCCAUUUGCCGGACUGCCCCCCAGGGGCCAUUCCCUUCCGAGACCUCCAGUGUGCCCUCUACAAUGGCCACCCGGUGCUAGGCACCCAGGAGACUUACCAGUGGGUGCCCUUCUACGGCGCUCCCAACCAGUGCGACCUUCACUGCCUGGCCGAGGGCCACGCCUUCUACCAUACCUUCGGCCGCGUCCUGGACGGCACUCCCUGCAGCCCGGGGGCCCAGGGGCUCUGCGUGGCUGGCCGCUGCCUCAGCGCCGGCUGUGACGGUUUGCUGGGCUCGGACGCCCGCGAAGACCACUGCGGCCGCUGCGGCGGCGCCAACGAGUCGUGCCUUUUCGUGCAGCGCGUGUUCCGUGACUCCGGUGAUUUCGCUGGGUACUGGAACGUGACCCUGAUCCCCGAGGGCGCCAGACACAUCCGCGUAGCCCACCGGAGCCGCAACCACCUUGCGCUGAUGGGGGGCGACGGGCGCUACGUGCUCAACGGGAACUGGGCGGGCAGCCCACCCGGGACCUAUGAGGUGGCAGGCACCCGUGUGGUCUACACCCGCGCUGCAGGGCCAGAGGAGAUGCUGCGCGCGGCUGGGCCCACCUCCCAAGACAUGCUCCUGCAGGUCCUCCUGCUGGAGCCCAAUCCCGGCAUCGAGUUCGAGUUCUGGCUCCCGCGGGAGCGCUACGGCCCCUUCCAGGCGCAGGCGCAGGCCCUGGGCUGGUCCCUGCGGCAGCCGCAGCCUCGGGAAGUAGAACCACAGCCCACUGAUCCCCCCGCGGCCCCAGCUACUGUUUCCCCAAGGAUCCCGCCCUCGUCCCCCGACCCCUGCUCACCCUGCCCGGACACUCGAGGGCGCGCGCACCGGCUGCUCCACUAUUGCGGCAGUGACUUCGUGUUCAGGGCCCGGGUGCUGAGCCGCCUCCAGCAGGCCCGGGAGACACGCUAUGAGAUCCAAGUGCAGCUCAUCUACAAGAACCGCUCGCCGCUGCGGGCCCUGGAGUACGUGUGGGCCCUGGGCCGCUGCCCCUGCCCGCGGCUGGACCCGCACCGCGAGUACCUGCUGGCUGCCCAGCGCCUCAUCAGCCCUGACGGCACACAGGACCGGCUCCUGCUGCCUCACGCCGGCUACGCCCGCACGUGGAACCCUGCCGAGGACAGCCGUGUGCGCCUGGCUGCCAGGCACUGCCCCGCCUGAGCCACCGGACGGGGCCGCUGCCUGCGGCGAGACAGACAUGCCCGGCCUGGCUCAGACUCAGCCUCGUUCCCGCUUGCCCUGGCUCCCAGGGCUUCCAGCCACAGUUGUGAGGCUUCCCGUCACACACGCUUAGCUGUCCGCACACGGUCAGACCCGCUGUCAUGAGCAGGAGGCACUGGUGAGGACACACCGAAGAGACGCUAACUCUUAUUUCCUCUCUCACUCUGGCUGCCAGGAAACUCACAGGUGUUUUAUCCUUAGAACCUUUGUGUCUGCUUUGACUUGCUUUGCCUCACACUCACUUUCUUAGAGACGCUGUCACAACAAGCACGGCCCAAAGGAAGCGUGCUCCACAAGACCUUGGAAUAUAGCACUUGCCCCGCUUGCCCUGGCUCCCAGGAAGUUCAGAGAUAAUCUUGAGCACCUCA